AAUAUUGUCUUCUCAUUUCUGUUGUACUUGAAACUUCAUUGCAAAAUCCUGUCUGUGUUUCUCUGAGCAUCUUCUUCUUCUUCUUGGCUAGUGACGGUGAUUGGUUAAGUUUGUUGUGACUCUCACCAUGACAGAAUCUUCAGGGAUGCGGCUAGUACGGUGCCCCAAGUGUGAAAAUCUACUUCCCGAGCUCUCUGAUUACUCUGUUUAUCAAUGUGGAGGCUGCGGAGCGGUUCUUCGAGCUGAGUAUGAAGGCUAUGGAAACGAAAGCAUGUUGGAGAAGCCAGAUGUGGAGAAUAUUGGAAAAGAUUAUGCUAAAUCUGAUAAUUUGUUGGACAAAGAAGUAGUUGGUUCGAGCGAUCCUUCUGACACUAAAGUUGGAUCAAAUAGUGGCUCCUCAAGGUAUAAUAAUACAAGGAAUUUUGAGAAGGAACACGAUGAACGUGAGAUUUCAUUGAAUCACUCUAUUCAUACUGAGGCGAAAGAGCUUUUUGCAGUUGGUCUUCAUGUCAACAGAAGCAAAGACAAAGUGGUUAACUUAGUAGAAAGUGAUCAAGAGGGGCCAGUGUCUCAAAUCAGUACUGAUAAAGGGUCCAAAUUCUCUGGAAGAAUGUCUGAUUGGCAAAACGGGGAGAGAGCUGAGAUUUGGAGAAGGUCACAAGCUGAUAUUGAAGGUGUGAGGUUUUCUACUUCAAACUAUCCAGAUGAAGCGACUUCAAGUAGCUAUUCUGGUUUUCCAUACAGUCAUGGGCAGCCAUGGAGGAAUCAAAGAGAAUUUGAUAAUGCAAAUAGGGUUCAGAACCUUGAGCAAGAUCGAGCCGAGCUUCUAAGGAAACUGGAUGAGUUAAAGAAUCAGCUCGGUCAGCCUUCUGACAUGGCCAACAACCCUAAAGAAGAGGUUCAUGUUGAUGAGAGGAUGAUUCCUCCAGAUCCAUAUGGUGGCUCCUCUAAUGCUUGGCUGCCCGGAAGAUUGUCUGAGUUGAAUGGGACUUCAAGGCAGUUUUUUCGCCCUGAUAAUCAUCCGGUUGGUCCUUCUAAUUUCAGCUAUCAUCACCGACCAUUUGCUUAUGCAAAUGAUCAUCAAAUGGCUAUGCCUAGCUUUCAUCCUUCAAUGCGUAAUGCUGAUUCCUUCCCUGCAUAUGUGGAUCCCUUUGCACCUCAAAUUCAUAGGAAAAAUCUACAUCAGUUACCUCAUCAGAUUCCACAACAACCAUUCCAUCCCUACUAUCCCAGACAUUUUGUUGACACUAAUCCUGAUUUAUAUGAACCUUAUGCGCAUAAUACGAUGCUUCACCCUCCUUCUUGCUCCUGCUUCAAUUGCUAUGAGAGCAGACGAAGAGUUCCAGCACCAAGGCCACCUACGAAACCCAUUAAUAGUAGAUUCCCUGAAACUGCUAUCCCAAAUGAUCAUAUUUCAUAUCGUUACAAGGUCCCAAGGGCAUAUGGUUCACAUGCUCAUAAUUUUAGAAGCACCACUCGCCCCAUGAAUUUUCUUGAAAGACACCCACCUUCAAGAUGGUCUGGUGAAUUCAACUCUGAGAUGGCUGAAUAUUUCCGAAGUCGUUUUCAGAAAGUGGUGUUAGCUGGUGGUAGUCAUCACUGCCGUCCUAUAGCUGGCGGAUCCCCCUUCAUCACGUGUUUUAAUUGUUUUGAGCUAUUGCAACUGCCUAAAAAAGCAUUGGUUAUGACAAAAAAUUGUCCGCAGAAUGUGCGAUGUGGAGCAUGUUCCUCGGAAAUUAGCCUUUCUGUGAUUGACAAGAAGCUAAUUAUUUCUCCUCAUACAGAAAUUAAGGGAACUUCUACAAGUGUAGAUGAUAGUUCUGAUGAGUUUGCGAAUAGCUGUGAAUCACAUUCCCAUGGUCAUCUUAAGAGUAAUGGUGCUAACUUCUCAUCUGAUGAUUAUUCUGGCUAUGAUUUCCACUCGGUAGAUAAGGAACCUGUUCUGCUGGCUGCUGACCCAAGCUUGAACUCUGGCAAGUCUCAGGAGACUCCAAGUUUUCAUUCUUCAUCUCCUGAAGUUAUGAUUGAUCCAUGUGAGGUGAUUCAAUCCAUUCAGCAGCCAACUAUGGACUCUUUGUCUUCACCACCUGCUGGCUCAGCUCUUAAAGAUUAUUUUGAUUAUUCUAAUAAUAACCAUGCAGUAACUCAAUUUGAGAAAGGCAAUCGAAGUAGUCGCUUAGAGCAAGAGAAGGUUAAAGUAGACAAGAUUAAAACAAGACAAAAUUCUUUGAAAGAUGUAGUGCUUGCAACUGAGAUGGAUAUCCAUGAUUAUGGUAACACUGGAGUCUCUGAGGAGUCUAGUGAUGUGAGCCGAAAACACGAUCAACCUAAAGCGAAUAAAGGAGGUGACUCAUUCAUUGCAAACAUUAUAAAGAAAGGUUUCCGAGAUUUCUCCAGAUCCCAUGAUGAGCGAGAGAGAAGUAAUGUCACAGUAAAUGGGCAACCCAUACCAAGUUCUGUGAUUAAAAAGGCUGAAAAGCUAGCUGGACCAAUUCAACCUGGAAGCUAUUGGUAUGACUUUCGGGCUGGUUUUUGGGGUGUCAUGGGUGGGCCUUGCCUUGGAAUAAUACCUCCGCAUAUAGAAGAGUUCAGCUAUCCCAUGCCAGAAAAUUGUGCAGGUGGAAAUACUGGUGUAUUUGUGAAUGGGAGGGAGCUACAUCAAAAAGACUUGAAUUUGCUUGCUGGUAGAGGGCUUCCCACUGAAAGAGAUAGAUCUUAUAUCAUUGAAAUUUCUGGGAGAGUCCUGGAUGAGGACACAGGUGGUGAGUUGGACUGCCUUGGCAAACUUGCACCAACAGUGGAGAAAGUGAAGCAUGGAUUUGGCAUGAAACCACCCAGAGCAGCUUCUUAAUCCAAGUGUGGACGAUAAUCCGUUUCCUAUUACAGAUUCAAGAAGGAGGACUAUGCUCCUUUCUUUUUCAGAAUUGCAAGAUAUUAUUUGGGAUCAGACCACAAAUUCAAUUUUGAAAUUCCACCGGAUUACUGGAAAUUUUGUCUUGUUAUUAUAUGUUUGUGUGCUUGGAUUGCAUAUAGAAGAUGGCUCCAAGUUUCCUUUAGAUUUAUUUUAUCUUAAUUCUAGGCAAUAUUGAAAGUUUUGGCAUCUUGAAUCUUGAUGUGAAAGCUUUAUAAUUUGUUUCAUCAAUAGUUCUAGGAUUGUUAUUUGCAUCCUUGUCUAUCAUCAAAAAUUGUAAUUUUUAUGGUCUGAACUUGUUGCAA